AUGUCGAACUCACCAUCCACUGUCGUACUCAUCACAGGUGCGAACUCUGGUGUCGGCUUUGCAACAGCCAAAGCCGUAGCUUUAGCUUCGCCAGAAUACCACGUCAUCAUCGGCAGCCGCUCUCUCGCAAACGGCCAGGCCGCAGUCCAGGAGAUUCAGUCCUCGGAAACCACCAAAGGCUCUCUCUCUAGCGUCCAAAUAGAUGUUACCGACCCUACCUCAAUUGAAUCCGCCGCAAAGCAGAUCGAAUCGCAAUUCGGCCGUCUGGACGUCCUGAUCAACAAUGCAGGCGUCGCCUCACAGGCCCAAUCAACCAAAACGGCAAUGGAGGAGACAUUCGCUGUAAACUCUAUCGGACCUGCACUGGUCGCCGAGACGUUCAACCCUCUGCUGAUGAAGUCGGCUCGUCCGUACUCGAUUUUUGUUUCGAGUGUCCUGGGCUCGUUGUCCGAGGCGGCUGAUCCCGCAUCUCUGGCCUACUAUUAUGACGGCGUGACGUAUCGGAUGAGCAAAGCUGCAUUGAAUAUGCUGGUCGUACAGCAGCACAAGCAGUUUGGUCCCAAGGGGAUCCACGUGUUCGCUGUGUGCCCCGGACUGGUUAGGUCGAAUCUAAGAGGAAAGGAUGAGGAAGCUGUGUCUGCAGGAGGAAGGGCGGGCGAUCCGAUGGUUUCCGCGGAGAUGAUUUUGGGGAUAAUUGAGAAGAAGAGAGAUGGCGAUGUUGGGAAGUUUUUGCGUGGUGAGAGGGUGGUGAAUUGGUGA